UGUGCGCGUGUUUAGGGUAUGCGUGUGUGUUUUUAGGGUGUGCAUGUGUGUUCAGAGCAUGCGUAUGUUUUUUAAGGGGCGUGCACGUUUGGAAUGUUGUAAUCCACUGAAAUACGUGGUAUAAAAGGAGGGAGAUUUUUGACUUUGUAUCAUUAUUCCAAAAAUGAAUCAAAAUUUAUUUUCCCAAAUUCUCCCAGAAGUAGAUUUUAAUAUCUCCUCGAGUGGAAUAACUGUUUUAAGUUCCCGUCUUACCACUCCUCGAUUUAUUCCUUACGAUCAGUCAGGGAGAUGUAAGGAGUGUAAGAGUACAGAAGUGGAGAUUGACUUUAUUGUCACUAAGGAAGGAGUUACUAUCUACUGCACACGAAUCGGAUCAGGUACUAGAUUUGUUCCGUUUGAUACAGUUUAUGAUUUACCCACCCAUUGCUUUUUCAAAAUCAGAAAUAAGGGAAGAGUAUUCAAUGUCCCCCAUGGAGUACAACCUCAACAAAUUAUCCAUCAAAAUCCAAAGAAAGGGAAAAGGAAAUUGGACGAAUUGUCUACUCUUGCUCCUCCCCCAAAUAGUAUGCCUUCACCUCCUCGCCGUGUUACUCCACCUCCUCUCGCUACUGAUUUGCCUUCUCCUCCUCACUCUACUACUCCUACUCCUUGCGCUACUCGUUUGCCUUCUCCUCCUCAUAUUACACCAACUCUUCAUAAAUCUCCUCCUCGUAUUCCCCCAGCAAAUGUUUUGCAUUCUCCUCCUCUAGUCGAUACUCUUCGUCCUGAUAUAUCUCCGGAUAAUGCAGAGUUAGAGAAGGAGCUCCAAGAAUUUUAUGAUAGUUUAAUGGCAGCUACAACAGGAAUAACUUCAUCUCCGAAGAAGUUAGAAGAGACUGAACAAAAAAUGGAUGAUACAAUAAAUGCUCCUAUAUAA